AUGACCGACCCCGAGGACCUCCUUUCCGAAUCUUUACAGACUCUGUAUGACUACUCACCCGUGGCAUAUUCGUCGGCGGGGUCCUCUUUCACAUAUACGUACUAUGGACCUCUCUUAUUACAUCCACCUUCGUCCGACAUAAGGCCGGGGCCGCCAACUGACCGUUCUCUGACCAUUAUACUCAAAACCCCAGAUACACAACCCGCGAAUUGGUCUCUACACGCUUCUUCCGUCUGGAUGGCAUCAAUUUUCGUGGCAGACCAUUUACAAGACCUGUUUCUGGACCGUCGUAUACGCGCCGCCCGAGACGAUAGGCGCACUCUACGCGUAUUGGAACUAGGUGCUGGAGCUGGACUGCCUGGCAUAUUGAUCGCGAAAUGUUACGACGACAUCGAGGUCAUAUCGAGCGAUUAUCCGGAUGAAAGUCUCAUCGAAGCUUUAGAAGAUAACAUUGUGCAAAAUCGUGUCAGCGAUCGAUGCCGCGCUGUUCCAUACGCUUGGGGCACAGAUCCUGCUCCCCUCCUGACCACACCAAAGAUCCCGGAUUCACGCCAGUCGCAUGAGUUCGAUGUUAUAAUUGCCGCGGAUACAUUGUGGAACCCAGACUUGCACUCCAUAUUUCUGAAGACCCUCUGUAUGACGCUGAGGAAAUCACUGAAUGCUCGAAUAUAUCUUGUCGCCGGCCUUCACACGGGGAGAUAUGCCAUCCAAGCAUUUCUCAGGGAUAUUGUAGAUGCUGGGCUUAAGAUAGAAGAGCUGUUAGAAAAGGAAGCUAAUGGAUCUGACCAACGCGACUGGUGUGCCGAGAGGGCGGGAGAGACGGAGCAGGACCGGCGACGCUGGGUUAUAUGGGUAGUCCUGAGAUGGGUCUAG